UCGUGGCGACAACAUUCCAGUUUUACUCGUCUGUGCAGCAUGUACCUCGUUCUUGCUUGGAUACGCGAUCUGCAGGUCUAUGGACUUUGUUUGUGCGUGUUUGCUAGAUAUUCACAUGCUAAAACCGUACCAAGAGACUUAGCGCCCGGUGCCCCUUGUGAGAUGGGGGGAGGAGUCUUCGGUAGAUGCCAGGAAGUGCAAGCCUGCCUCCGGGAGGGGGGCGUGAUCCAAAGGGAGAGUCAGGCCACGGUGUGUCGUCCCGUCAACGGCCAAAUCAGCGUUUGCUGCAGGAACCCGAUGAAAAUAGCUGACGAAUUAUGUUCAGCUUGGUCACUAUAUUGGAAAGGAGACACUAGCUGCACCAGAGAUAACCCACUGAUUUUCGGAGGCGUAGAUGCUACACCCGGCGAGUUCCCGCAUAUAGCCAUUCUGGGCGCUCAGAGCAGACGAGGUGGAGAGAUAUCCUGGCAAUGUGGAGGGUCGCUGCUGUCCCCUCACUUCGUCUUAACAGCGGCUCACUGUGUCCUGAGGGACGACCUGGUAUACUGGAUCUCCCUGGGAGCCCACGACCUCAACUUCACUCCCAAAGAGGAACUGCCCAGGCUGAAGGGUCCCCUUCCCAAAUCCCUUUACAAAUUCGAGCUUCUUCAAAACGACGGCAUAAGGGGAGCCCCCGUGCAGCAGCGAUUUCGGGUCGUAGAGGUCAUAAGGCACCCGGGCUACCAAGAGGCCAGAAAAUACCAUGACCUGGCUCUGUUAAAACUUGAAACACCGGCAACGCUGACGAAGAGGGCGCUCCCUGCUUGUCUCCCAACGAACUCAUUAGAGGACAUCCCAGGUCAAAAAGCAACGAUAGCUGGAUGGGGAAGGAGUGGUGGAGGAUUAAGGGAAAUCACCAACGUCCUGCAGAAGGCGACAGUGCCGGUCAAAGACCUCCUGCAGUGCCAGAAAGAAAUCGCGCAGCGGGACCGAAUUGCCGCCGCCUUCGGCCUCCUGGAAGACCAGAUUUGCGCUGGAGGAGAUGGUGCAGACUCUUGCAGGGGUGACAGCGGGGGUCCUUUGAUGAAGCAAGUGCCAAGAGGCGGCUCCGUGUGCGAACAAACUGUGUUCGGAGUCGUCAGCCUCGGAAUCGCAUGCGGGACUUUCGGUAUCUACGCGAGGGUCUCCGCCUCCCUCGACUGGAUCACUGGUUACAUAGCGCCGAACGUUUCCUAGGGAUAAUCUUCUACUAUGUAGUUUAGGAAAUUCUACAGGGUUAUUUUAGGUUGCGUGAGGAAGGCUUCGAAAUGGUGCUAAGUUGUGAGAACUAUGUCUGAACUUUAUUGAUAACAUUUUAGCAUCCGAAGAAAGUGGUGUAUUUCGCUUACUCAUACGUUUACAUAGACAUACAAACACACACACACACUAUAUAUAUAUAUAUAUAUAUAUAUAUAUAUAUAUCGGCUACUUCAAAGGUUAAAAAGACACACGUUUCCUUGUUUUUUCUGUAACUGCUGACUUACGAGUAUGAAUGAGACCACAAAAUACUUCUCCAAAAAUAAGCAGAAAAGCCUAUAACCAGAUACUUCACAAUCAUGUUUGCUGAAUACCAAAGUCCUAGCGUUCCACAGCUUCUAUCUACGGGCUGCUCUAGGAGCAAGAGCUCGUGCUGGCAUAAGGCCAGCUUAAUCUCAAACAACAACAACCUUGCAUUCAACACUUUCUCGGUCUCCCCCUUCUUUUUUCCUAUGUGAUAGUGAUGGAACAAUGUAUUCAAAUCUUUAUAAAACAAAAAGAAUAUUUAAUAAAAACUAAUUUAUCGAACGAUAUUUUAUUUUUCAUAACUUGUAAAUGUUGGAAGUUACACCAAAGUCAUCCACUUUAUGUUUUCAGAAGAAUAUAUAAACGAAAUUGUUAAAUCCAUUUGUGUGCUACAAGAAUCAAUGUCUGGUAUUUGGAAGCCUCCGUGGCUCACUUGAAAACACCUUAUGGUUCUGACAGAGAACCAUGAACCCAUUCAUAAUAACUCAACUGUGUAUACGUUGUUCGUAUUCAGCAUGCAUACAUGUCAUGUCUAGAGAGAGAAAAAGUAAACAAAUAUACAAGUGUGAAUUGUUUUAAGCAUUUGUUACUGUUUUUUUUUUUAA